CAUCCAUGGGAUGACUUCAACUCCCAACAGUCCUGCAUUGCCGAGCACUGCAGAUACGCACCCUCUUUCUCCGUCAAUACAGCCCAUCGCUCGUCGAGGUCGGGCCAAACAGAAUGCCGUCAACGAAGAUGCACGGCCUGCUACAAAUUAUUUUACGCUGAAAGCUCAGGCGGAACAUGGUAAUCCGAUCAUAAACGAAGCGAAGAAACGUGAUGUCAAGGCCCGGGGCUCUUCUAACGCUCUCGCUGGCAGUCACACGUCAGACGUGGGCCGUAUCUCAUCUGAGCGAUCAUUGUCGUCACUGUGGGAUAAUCGCCCCGUUUCCAGGGAGAUAGAACCUGCAAGAGGCGCUUCCAGAGUAAGAAAAGCGGAAGAGGCUGUUCGAUCACAGACUUUGCCUGUUAAGGAGAAAGGGGACUUUGGACCUGUUACCACUUCACAGGUUUUGAACACGAAAUGGCACGAGUUGUCGGACAUUCAAAUCAAGGACACAGUUUCGCGGUUUGGGCCGUCUAGUUCAUCUUCUGGCGUUUCCUACCAAUCGUAUCACAACGUUCUACGUACUCUUUCUGCUGCUCUAGAAGAUUUAUCCGUGGAACGAAGCGAGCUUGAUAAACUCCGUGUCUUUAUGGAAGAACGGGACAAAACACUCAGAAUGCAUGCAGAGCAGGCUGUAGAGAAAUUACCUCUUUCCGAGAGAGAUAUUGGAUAUCGUAUCCUGAAUUCGGCAUUUUCAGAACCUGAGGACUCGAGACCAUUAGUGAAACGGCCCAGCGUUUUAUCGCUUUCUCAAUCUUUGAAUGAGGCGCUCAUGGAAGACGUGGAUAUGAAUCCAAAAGUUAAUAUCGGCACUCCAAUUUCAAGGGUCCACUCUGAAGCGUCGGGCCUUCAAUCAGUUAUCAAAAGUGAUGCUGGCUCUGAUACCCUUGUUAUAAAUAAUCAGACAAAUAAUUUUUCUAGCGCUUCUGACCUUGGUCCCGGUCCCUCUGAUCGUCCAGGCAUUAGCAAGUGGAUGGGAACUUGGUGGUCCAAGGACAAGUCAAAGAGGGGGCGUCCUGCACUGUUGGUUUCCUCCCCAGACGAUGAGGACACGCGGAGGUCAUACGUCGUAUCCGACAGAGGCGAGACCAUACGGACAGAUAAACCUAGACGUAAAAAUAGCAAGAGCGUAUUUGGAUCACUAGGCUUCUCUAUAAUGAAUCCGACAGUAGCUCCUUCUCCGAAGAGUUCUACUGCGGAAAACCAGUCUAUCUCAGAUGAGUCAGCCGCCCAAGAAAUAAUUCAUAAGGAGAGUCCCCAAACUUCUCUCUCCUCGCCGACACACGAAAUUCCACCGGCAGCUCCUCUUCCACCGCAGCUCACUAAGGCACCAGAUCUAUUGGAUGUCGAGAGCAACAGUUCUUCUGCCUUGUCUUUCUCAUCUGAGCCUCUUCCUCAACAAGGCGCUAGCUUGCAAGCGAUAGUAAAUGCUACGCGAGUGAUGAGCAAAGAUCCGUCCAGUAUCCUUGUUGCUCGGGGUCACGAAACUAGCGACCUAGUCGCACAACUAGCAAUGACGCUUGUAUCCAACGCUCGAGAGGAGGGUAUCGUUUUUAGAGGGCGGCUCAAGGAGAAGAAAUUACAAAAGACGGAACCACCUGGAUCUCCGGAGGGUUCACUUGCCAAGGGACUGAUUGACCCCGUCGAGCACGCGGAUGUCCGGGCCACUCUUAGUAAGGCUCUGUCUGGACAGACCGUUGUCAGCAAGACUCGGAGACCUCAGGCGUCAACUGCACUGUUCGGUGGGCCGUUGUUUGGCCCGUUCAUCGCAGAACAACAACGGAAGAUUUCGAAUGCUGUUGGCGCUGUUCAGAAGAGUGCUGGUAUAGUAUCAUUAAAUAAUAGUGGGUCUGUGGCGCAAGGCAAUGGAGGAGAGGUCCAAUCGUCCUCGCAACAAGGCAAUGCGAAGCCACGUUCCGUACCACUGGAUUCGAUUAUCCCGGAUACCGCUAAGCCCCCAACUCAGUACCUAUCUAAGCGAUAUGUCUCCUUGACUUCGAAAGAUUUCCGUUCGGCAAUGCAGAUAUCGACCGCUGCGUCACGCUAUUCACGGAAAGAUGAGGUCUCGUUCAGUGAGCCUCUUACCGAUCGAUAUGGGUUCAUUUAUGACGUUACACAAUAUGAUGCUCUCUUACUCCGAAGAGCCGAGGAAUGCCAGAAUUCUGCUCCUGCAUGUUUAACGGGUAUCAAGAUUGCGGAUAGACGAGAGGAAGAGGAAUGGUCGGACGAAGCUCUGGAAAAAGCUACCUUGGAAGUUGUCAAAGGCAAUUGCGAGUGUGAUUGUGAGAGUGAUGAUGCACAUGACGGCAGAGCGCAAUCCGUCGACGAAGAGUCCAUACAUUCUGGCCAUUCACAGGGUUCGCGAAGUACCAAAUCUCCAUCUCUUCAUCGGCGUCCUUCUACUGUAUCUACUAGAAGGAGGUCAGGGACCAUUACCGUGCAUCCAGUAACAUCACCGGCCUCGAUCUUGACUGUUGAACUAGACACGCCGCGACAUGUAUGCGAGAAACGCAUCCGUGGCAUGUUGCAUCGCCUUAGAGAGAUUCAUGAUGAACAGCAGGAAACGCGUAAAAAGCUGUGGGAUGUUUUCAUUAAACAGCGCAGCAAAGCGAAGGCCAAAUCUCAACAGUCCGGAACGCCAAACGCCAAUUUGUCAGGAGGUGCUGCCGUAAUGUUAGGUCUUUCGACACCGGAUAAUGCCGAAGAACUUGAUCACAAUGACGGUCUGAUUGGGUUCAGUGGGAUGGGUUAUUCACUGAGUCGUGAAGAACGACGCGAACUUGAGCGACUAAUACGGGGAGGUGUCCCUCUAGUCUAUCGGGCCAAGAUCUGGCUGGAGUGUAGUGGUGCCUCAGAGAUGAUGGAACCAGGCCUUUUCAGAGAUUUGCUUCAUAGUCGCGAAAGCACAGAUAGUGUUGACGCUGAGAUCGAGAAGGAUGUUGGUCGGACAAUGCCAUUGAAUAUAUUCUUUGGUGGUGACGGGCCAGGAAUCGAUAAACUUCGAAGAGUUCUUCUUGCAUAUAGUAGACGCAAUCCAUCGGUGGGCUAUUGCCAGGGGAUGAAUCUCAUCACCUCUACUCUGCUUUUGGUCUUUGGAAACGAAGAAGAGGCUUUCUGGGUCCUAUCUGCCAUCAUUGAACGGCUUCUUCCGAACGACUUCUUCUCGCCUUCCUUGUUAGUUUCUCGUGCAUGCCCUUUGGUCCUGAUGGAGUAUGUCCAAGACCUUAUGCCUGCCGUCCAUGAACAUCUGACGGGGCUAGGGGUCGAUCUUCCCGCUAUAUGUUUUUCUUGGUUUUUAUCGUUGUUUACGGACUGUCUGCCAAUCGAGACUCUGUUUAGGGUUUGGGACCUGUUCUUCGUUGACGGACUUGAUGUGUUGUUUAGGAUCGCUUUGGCCGUAUUGAAAACUAGCGAGUCAGAGCUGUUAGCUUGCCAAUCGAUUUCCGCUGUCUACAUUUCGUUAGAGAGCCUACCAACUCGCAUGUGGCAGCCUGAUAAGCUUCUGCAGGCAGAAGCAGAAUUGCGCGCCAGUGUUGUCCACGUCGACAUUGUAAAACGACGCAGCGUACAUGUUAAGCAGCUUUCGGAGGUGUUAUAAUAGACGUAAGUCAUAGGGAUGCGUUUAUUACGCGGAUUUCAAUCUACGCUCAUUGUAGUAAAUUUACUGUACCAUACCUUCGCAGUUGAUGUAUUAUAGACAAUCUAAUCCAUAGAGGC